AUGUGGGUUCUUAUCUUCAUUUUUUUGGUGAUCCCUCUGAUCACAACUUUGGGAACAGCACAGCCCCCGAUAGUCGACACAUGGGCGAAGUUCGCCGCCACUCUUCUUUACGAGGAAGAACCCCGCGGCGGCAGAGGUGGCCGCAAGGUGGUACCGUGCUGGUUGGAGAUCUAUGGCGAGGUCAUAUGGGCGAUGUGGAGAAAGAUGGGAGAUGAGGGGGUCAUGUUGAAGAAGCCACGGAUGUCCAAGGAUGAUGGGAGGAGAGGAGAUGGUGGUGACGUAAAAACUGAUCUGUUCUUGAUGUUGGUCGAUGAUGAGAGUGAUGGAAGAGUCAAUGAAGUUACCUGCUACCCCGGAGUCAAUGAAUGCAGUACUUCUGACCCGUUUGUGGCCAAAUUGGAGGUGCACUUGAACCGCUGCGAGAGGAGGCCGGCUAGCCGCGCCAGCAACAGUGCUCUGGCGCAGAGAACCAAGGUGGAGAACCUAUCAGAAGACAUAAGAAGCUCUUCACCAGACCUGACCUACCAGAUCAUCAAUGCAGAUCAUUUCUUUCUUAAACACAUCGGACAGGUCUUGAUGGGAAACUUUACCCAACAGUCACAGAAACAACCCUUUAUCAUCACUGGUCUCACUGGGACCCCUUCCAUCAAUAUCAGUUAUGGAUCCAUAUUUGUAGAACAGGCUAUCCCUGUAGAGCUGAUUGACAAGGAUCCUGAGAUCAAAGCCUUCUCACUGGCUCGACAGGUGCGUUCUGCAUCCCCCGUUAUACAACUGUUGUUUUAUGCAACAAACAAGAUGGGUAACAUGAUGCAUUUGUCAAGUUGGGUUGAUCCACUACAAAGUGACAAGGGGUACAUAUGUGUCACAGCACAUGCCUUCUUAAAAUCACAAGAAAUCAGAAGUACCUGCUCUAUUUCAGUAAAAGGAGGCUUCUGUUUGGCCCAGUUAAAGCCUGAGCCAGCAUGGUUUAGUCCAAGGAGUGCCACAUCGAGCAAAGAGCACAGAGCUUCUGUACGAGGAACUGUUGUAGAGCUUUAUUAUCAGACCAGGCUCAGCCCCACCAGCCAGUGUAUUCCUCAGGACAACAGGCAGUGGCAUAGUCCAACUCAGGAGGAGAUCAAUGGACAGAAAGCUGUAUCCAUGUUGAAGAAAAUUGGCUAUGUAAAUCUUCUACGGUCACCUCCAGGGAACCCUAUGUUUAUGCGUCUGCGCCUGGGUGGUGCUGUGAUAAUUCAGACUUCUUCCAAACCUCUGAAGACCACAGAUACAGCCACAUUCUAUGUCUUUUUGUCCAGUACCUCUCAGGCAGAGCAUUUCAGUCUCAGAGCCACAGUAGACAAAGGUUUGUUGUUCAGCACAGCGAGACCCAGUGAUACUCAGCUGUGGGACAUCACCUUAGAUCCUGGCAAUGCAGGUGAGAUCCAAACUGUGCUUGUGACCUGCCAGAGGAAGAGCACUAUCACUGCAAAAAGGGGUCUGCUUGAAAUACUGCAGCUGGACUUUGAUGCACGUGAACAGGGUGACCCAGCACAGAUUCAGACAAUCACGUGGCGUCUGGAACGGCCUGGAAAUCCGAUCCGGGAUGAAGGAACGAUGAGGAUUUACAUGCUGCAGAGAGACUAUGUGGGCAUUGCACCACUCAUUAUGAAUUCAGACCUCCUCAACACCGCCGUGCUGAAUGGUAAGAUGGUGUCCAUGCCAGUAAAGGUGUUGGGAGUGGAGACAGACGGCUCCAUCAGCGACAUUACCAACUCAACUCGCUGCUCAUCUGCGGACGAAGACACUCUUAAGGUGUCUGAAAGGUGCGACUAUGUGUUUGUAAACGGGAAGGAGACAAGAGGGAGGGUCAGGAUGACGCUGAACUUCACUUACAGCUACUUGAGUGCCCAGCUGGAGGUGAGUGUGUGGAUGCCACGCCUCCCACUGCAAAUCAACAUAGCUGACCCUGAGCUCAGCCAAAUCAAAGGAUGGAGGGUCCCUGUCUCCAGUGGCAAUCAAAGGUGGGACAGUGAGGAGGAUAAUAAAAAGAAGGGACGGGGCUGUGUGACACAGUAUCAGCACAGCCAGAUCGAAGUACUCACAGCAUUUAUGGCAGAGGUGACCGACUCGAGCACUUCCUCUCUUGAGCACUUUCUAGGUCCUGAGUGGCUAGUGGAUGUGACUCGGCUGGUCCGGUAUUCUCUGAAAGUUGGAGACACAAGCAUCGCUCAGCUGCAUAGAGAGACCGUGCUCAGUGGCAGAGCUCCUGGGGUCACCACUGUCCAGGUGAUAUCCCCACUGUCUGACUCAGUCCUGGGAGAAAGGAUGGUACACGUCCUGGAUGAUAAAGUGAGCAUCACAGAUCUCAGCAUCCAGCUGGUGUCAGACCUCUCACUUUCAUUCCAGUUCAGUCCAGGCAGCGACAAGGCCAUCACAGCUACAGUUACCACUCAGGACACCAUGCACACCCCCAAACAGGAGGCAGUGGUUGCAUGUUGGCUGCACUUCAGUGACGGCUCUAGGGCUCAUCUCAACCUGUUUGAUCCCAGCAGCUAUAAACUGAUGAUCGCCUCGCUGGAUAACAGAGUGGUAUCUGUAAGAAAACUCCCAAGCCCUAUCAUGGUGGCUGAGUCAGAGGGAUGGGGCCUGCUGUUUACAGCUGAGCUCACCAUCUGUGAAGCCUGUCAAAAAUCCAAAAGGAAGAGCAAGCUCGCUGUCAGUGCCGGCAACGUGAGGGUCAAAUUCCCUUCGCCUGAGCACAGAAGAGCUCAAACCGAAGCCAAAUUGAGCCUGACCCCCUUUCAAGGUCUCCUCAGGAGGAAUACAACCAUUGCCAUGCAAGAGAGCACCACAAGAGAUAUCUCUGUAACAUCAGCCAAGUCCAAGCUGCAAGAGGCAAUGGGAGGGGCUAUCUCCACCAUCAGGCUGAUCAACAGCAUCAAAGGUAUGACUGGUACAAGGACUUACACUGAAAAAGCUAUUACUCCAGCCAGUCCAGCUAACAUUUUGACUAGUUCAGACUUCCCAUCCCAACCAAAACAAGAAGUGCCACUACACAAACAAGAUUUGGUGUGGACUUAUGGUAUUUUCACACAUGUUGAGAUGUGCAUCUACUUGGUACUAGGACUGUCCUGCUUGGCAAUCAUCAUCUUCCUUAUUAACUGUGGGACUCAGAGUGUGAGGACACAUGGUGGGAUAUCAUCCGUGGAGUGCCGUGGUCCUGAUGAGCACAUACAUCACUGGGUGCGCCUAGGCACAGUUGCAGAACAAGCUGGUGCUGUGCCAAUCGCCACCAUAAGCAACCUCAUUCAAAAGGUGCCAAGUACAAAGGAAGGAAAAAAUCCUGCUACAGAAAAUGACCCAGAAAGGACUGCUACGCUAGGGAGAAGGUGCAGCACCCUGCCUCUAAGAACCAAACCUGUUGCACUCAAUUUGGCCGGUCCUCUGGCAAAGCCAGCACGUAACGAACCACUGCACUCCCCGACCAGCAAGAGGAACCAGGUCCAGUUUACCACAUUUACCACUCUCGACAUCAAGCACUUGGCAGCACUUAAAAAGAGCUGGUUGGACUGGACGAACCAAGGACCAAAUCAAACAGCUAAUCAGGGGGAUCCAUCCAGGAUGAAUUGUACAGCCAGUCAAAGUAUAGAGCAUUCUCAGCCUAAAGGUCCUUCUGAAAUUCCAUGGCCAGUGGUCAAACCUGUGGUACAGGGAAAAUAA